AUGAGGAACCUGCGCCUCCGUCUCCGCCGCCGGCACCGCUGCGAAGCCGAGGCCGAGCCCGCCGCCGCUGCUGCUCCCGAUGCCGCUUCAGCGCCACACAUCGCCGGGACACCCGCGCCGGGCAGCCCCGCCGGCCGCCCGCCCGCCGGCGCUCUGUCCCGCCUGAGCUCCGGGCCGCCCCUCCUGCCGCCCGACUCCUUGCCCCCACGGCUCCACGCGCCCCUCGCCGCUGGCCUCCCCAAGCUGCGCCGCACUCGGCACAGGCCCCGGGGCCCUCCGCAGCGCUGGCGCUGCGCUGAUGACGUAACGUGUCGGCCCCCCCCCGCCCCCCGACGGGGCGGAUCCACUGGAGAAUUGCACCUGACUGAGUGGCGUUCGGGCCCCUUCUUUUCUCGCCGGCGCCGAGGAGGAGUUUCGUUUCGCCAGAAACAGCCUGCGCGAAGGAGCCGGAGGUUUCAACUCGUGAUGAAGAAGAGGAAACGGAAGUCCCGGGCGGGUGCAGCGGUUCUUUCUGCUAUACAAAGCAGGCAUUUGGCGCUGCGAGCUGGACGAUGAUAAGAAGGUUCUGGAGAAGGCAAGGCUUCAAGAUGGAAGAUUCCUGAGUAGAGGAGAACCUCUGCUCCAUUGACUUAUAUAUCCACCCAGCACUGUUAUAUGAGAAAAAAAAUAAACCUUUGUUGUUU